AUGGGGAAAGAGGAGCUUAUCAAAGGUGUGCUUUACGUGGUGAAUGUGUUGUACGCGAUAUUCGGUUUAGUAACUGCGGCCACGGGGAUAUGGUUCUUUGUGCAGCUCUCCGAAUUCGUCGCGUUGAGAAACAGCAACCAUUACCUCUUGGACUACAGGGUGUACUGGCCACAGGUGGCGCCAUGGCUCUUCAUAUUGCUGGGCUUAUUUGUUAUGAUGGUGGCCUUUUGUGGAUGGUGCGGAACCAACAGGGAGAGCAGAGGUCUCCUGGGUAUAUACGGGAUCUUUCUCAUCCUUAUUAUCCUUGGACAAGUGAUCGCGGCUACUUUGAUCUUCGUUUUUGUGGACGGUGAAGACACCGACCGCUUCAUCAAGGACACCGUGUACGAUGGAUACUACAACUCCCAAUCUAACCCUGAUGUAUUCAAGGCUUUUGGAAGAAUCGAAAGGAAGUUAAGAUGUUGUGGCGCCAACGACGCUCGUGAUUACAGGAGCUGGAGGAACGAUUUGCCAUUGACCUGCUGUCAGGACAGCUAUUACAGAGCCACUUGUGACUUUACUGAUAAGGAAGCCAAUGAAAGAUUAGGAUGUGCCAAGGUCGCUUCAGUUUAUACGAAGAUAAUAAGCUCAUCAGUCGCCGGUGCCUCGCUGCUCAUCUCUUUAGUGGAGAUAAUGGGAGUCAUAAUGGCUUGGAGAUUGUUUAAUUCGUUGCGGGAGGUGGAACAUUACAUCACGGAGAGAAAAGAGGGUGAAACUGAGUGUUAA